AUGGAAAAGACUCUCUCUGUCGAAGAAAUCUCCGGCAACAAUCUUUGGUCGGAGCUGGCCAAAGAGACCAAUGGGAUGAACCGUAGUGACUCCGAGUGGGCAUUCCAACGCUUCUUACAAGAGUCCUCUUCUGCUGGAGAAGCUGCGACUGCUUAUGGCGUUUCAGUCUCUGGACCUCCUUCUCCGAGUGUUCCUGUAGAUUCUGAGGAGUACAGAGAGUUUCUUAAGAGUAAACUCAAUCUUGCUUGUGCUGCUGUCGCCAUGAAAAGGGGAGCUUUCAGCAAACCUCAGGAUACCUCUGGUAGACCUGAAAAUAGUGGAGCCACUGCAUCAGACCAAGGCUCCUUAGCUUCUUCCAAAGCUACACCAGUGAUGAGCAGUGCUGUAACAAGUGGAUCUGAGCUCUCUGGUGAUGAAGAAGAAGCUGAUGGUGAAACUAAUAUGAACCCCACCAAUGUUAAGCGUGUCAAAAGGAUGCUCUCUAACAGGGAAUCAGCUAGACGGUCUAGAAGAAGAAAGCAAGCACACCUGACUGAGCUUGAGACACAAGUUUCACAGCUGCGUGUAGAGAAUUCAAAGCUCAUGAAGGGUCUCACAGACGUAACUCAAACAUUCAAUGACGCGGCUGUAGAAAACAGAGUUCUUAAAGCCAAUAUUGAGACACUACGAGCAAAAGUGAAAAUGGCUGAGGAGACAGUGAAGAGACUCACAGGCUUGAACCCAAUGUUCCACAUCAUGCCUCAGGUUUCAACUCUCUCUAAUCCUUCAGAGACAUCAGAUUCUUUAGACACAACAAGCAUUCAAGUUACCACACCAGAGAUCAGCUCAAGCAACAACAAAAACAAGGCCUUGGUAGGGUGCAAAAUGAACAGGACAGAGUCUAUGCGUAGAGUUGCGAGUUUGGAACAUCUGCAGAAACGUAUACGCAGCGUUGGUGAUCAGUAGCUUGUGAAUUAAAACAAAACUUGUUCUGUAAAAAUUGUCACAAGACGAGACAUAAUAUAUGUUCUGUAAAGAUGUCUGUGUGUUAACCCUUGUGAAUUGCCUAUUAGUUAUCUCUACUUCUGUCUUACUCUUAUGUUCAAUUUAUCUCCAACAUAUGCACUAUCUUGUAAAUACGACCAAGUUAACAAAAAAUAUCAAACUCAUGCUUCAUCCAA